AAAAACGCGCCAUCGUCGACCGAACAGAUCCGGCCAGUCUCAUCACAUCUUCGAUUCGGGGAUACAGCUGUCGAAGCGUAAAAGACAGCUCCGCAAAUAUUUUCCAAGGGGCCCGCAGAAUAUGGAGCCCGAACCGAAAGACACCGGGGCCGACGGGAAUCCGGGUCGCGAGCAAGAGUCAAACCAGGAAGAGAAGCAAGAGGCGGCCUCGGUGACCGGACAAUCCGAGGCUGAUCGCUGGGUUCCUCGUUCCUGUCACGCUUGUAAUAGCAAAAGGAUCAAGUGCGACAAGAAGGACCCAUGCUCCGCCUGUACGCGAGCUGGGAGGCCUUGCGCCUUCCCCUCUCCCGGCCCGCGGAAACGACGGACGAGGAAAGCCAUCAUGGCGGAUAUGGCUUCUCGGAUCUCCAGCUUGGAGAAAUCCCUGACAAAAGCAAGAGAUGAAGCGGCUGCUGCGAGGAACCCAUUGGGCAACACGGACAAAGAGACGACGUCGACUCAACUGAGAACAGCUUCGCCGGAAGGCACUGCAGGCGGGUUGGCGGGAGCGGACGUCCUUGUCCACAAUGGAUCUUCGAGCGAGUAUUUCAACGAAGUCAUAUUUUCCAAAUUCAUUCAAGAAGAGUGCAACUUUGAGCCUGCCCCAACGCCUCCGACGACCACGUCCCUCUGCGCCGCCGCAUGCUCUCCUUUCAACGCCCUGGGUAUUCUCUCCUCACCCUCAUUGGCCAUGGUUCCCAGCAGCCUUCAUCCAAAACAAACUAUCGCUGUAAAAUUAUGGAACAUCUACGUCGACAACGUAGAGAGCUGCGCCGGGCUGAAGCUCUUACAUAUCCCAACGGACCAGGCUCGAGUGUAUUCUGUGAUCGACAACCCAACCGCUGUGUCCUUAGACAACCUCGCGCUCUGCUUUGCCAUCUACUACGCAUCGGCCAUCUCCCUGGACAACUUACAAGCCCAGGUGAUUCUAGGAGAAGACAAGCUCAGCAGUCUGCUGCGUUUCAAGACUGGGCUAGAGCAAGCCUUGGCCCACGGGGACUUUCUCGACUGCCCAACAUUGACGGGACUCCAUGCUUUGGCGGUGUAUCUGUCGGCGCUCCGCGUACACAAUCGAGGGAAGGGGGUGUGGAUCUUGAAUGGCUUGGCCGUUCGUAUCGCGCAAGCAUUGGGUCUUCAUCGCGACGGCGAACGGCUCGGGCUCUCUCCCUUUCAGUCCGAAAUGCGCCGCCGUCUCUGGUGGCACCUCCUUACGCGCAAGCGUCGCGGAGGCGAGGACCACGGCCUGGAGAUUACGGACAGCAUGCUUCUAGUCUCCGACGUACGUCUGCCAGCCAAUGUGGACGACGCGGAUCUUUACCCAGACAUGGAGCGACUCCCAGAGCCGAGAAAGUGCUGGACCCCCAUGACUUUUUCUCUCAUCACUAUCGAGCUUUCAAAAGCUAUGCAGCAGCUCGACGACAUGAUCGCAUCCUCCUCCUCUUCUAAAGUCCCUCGUGAAGAGGCGAGACUGCGGGUUAUGGAAGAGGCGAGGGCACGAAUUGAAAAGUGGCUAGAGUACUGCAACCCUGUGAUUCCUCAACAACGCAUCACCAUCUGCUGCUCUCGCUUCCUCCUCCAGAAGCUCAACUUCAUCACAAGACUCCGCUGGUCGUUGCUGCAGCGUUCCGGCCCGCAGGGCGGCUUCUUCACAGAGGAGAACCUAGACGAGGCACUGCAGAUCUUAAAUCUCAAGCUGCACAGCGAGGAUGGGCUUCUAGCGCAGUUCGCCUGGGUUCGGAAAGCAUAUCCUCAAUACCACAUCGCCAUGUAUGUUCUGUGGCACCUAUGCACCCAGCCCAAAGGCCCUAACAUCGACAGCGCCUGGGAAGCGAUAGAGAAAUUGUUCGCCCAGGAACUAUGCGACGAGUCUCCGACGGAUCAUGGAUCAAAGUGGGCCGUCAUGGCGGCUCUCAAGGCCAAGGCUCUUUCGGCGAGAGAAAGGGCACGAAGGAGUGACCAAGAGGGCGGAGCAGCUCCCAUUGUGUGCUGCGACUCGCUCUCGGCGUCUAGCCUCAGCUUGUCGGACGGCAAUGCACCCUGGGCAUCCUUGCCUGGAGAUAUGCCUGGAAGCCAACUUGAUCUUGGUAGUGGGGAGUGUGACUGGGCCGACUGGGAGAUGCUAACCCAUAUGUUACAGUCUAAUAGUACCAGUGGAUUUGAGCAGUAAAAUUGCGAGUCAAAGAAGGGGCCAACCAAUUGGACGGUGGCGACUGCUUCGAAUAAGCUUGUUCAAUUAGCAUACGUUAGAUAGAAGCUAAGUAGAUUGCUAAAUAGAUAAUGUCCCUAACACUAUA